CUUCGCGGGGGGUUUUGCUGCGGCCUUCGCCUCCCUGGGAGCGGCAGCGGGUUCGGGUUCGGGGCCGGGCCCGGGCCCUCGCCGUGCCGUGGGGAAGAGCGGAGGCGGCGUCGAGGACGAGGGCGUGUGGGGAAGGAGCCGCGAGGAGAGGGGUCCGCGGCAGCCGCCCUCAGCGCGCAAGUCGGCGGGAGUAGCGCAGGCUAUUGCAGACAUGCACGAGGAAAAUAAAGCUGCAGCAAACGGAUGUGGCAAAAUGCGAAGUGGCACUCAGAAUGAGGCUGCUUUACUGGCCCUGAUGGAGAAGACUGGAUACAGCAUGGUUCAAGAAAAUGGGCAAAGAAAAUUUGGUGGUCCUCCACCAGGUUGGGAAGGUCCUCCACCACCUCGUGGAUGUGAAGUUUUUGUGGGUAAGAUUCCUCGUGAUAUGUAUGAAGAUGAGUUAGUUCCCGUUUUCGAGAGAGCCGGGAAGAUCUAUGAGUUCAGGCUGAUGAUGGAAUUCAGUGGUGAGAAUCGAGGCUAUGCUUUUGUGAUGUAUACUACCAAAGAGGAAGCCCAGCUAGCCAUCAAGAUUCUUAAUAAUUACGAAAUUCGUCCAGGGAAAUUUAUUGGUGUCUGCGUAAGCUUGGACAACUGCAGACUAUUUAUUGGAGCAAUUCCAAAAGAAAAGAAGAAAGAAGAAAUACUAAAUGAAAUGAAAAAAGUUACAGAAGGAGUGGUGGAUGUCAUUGUUUAUCCAAAUGCCACUGAUAAAACUAAAAAUCGUGGCUUUGCUUUUGUAGAAUAUGAAUCUCACAGAGCAGCUGCGAUGGCUAGAAGGCGGCUAAUCCCAGGAACAUUCCAGCUCUGGGGUCAUACUAUUCAGGUAGACUGGGCAGAUCCUGAGAAAGAAGUUGAUGAAGAAACAAUGCAGAGAGUUAAAGUAUUAUAUGUAAGAAAUUUAAUGAUAUCUACUACAGAGGACACAAUUAAAGCUGAAUUCAACAAGUUCAAGCCAGGAGUAGUUGAACGUGUAAAGAAGCUGAGAGACUAUGCUUUCGUUCAUUUUUUCCACCGCGAAGAUGCAGUUACUGCUAUGUCUAUAAUGAAUGGAAAGUGCAUUGAUGGAGCCAGUAUUGAGGUAACACUGGCUAAGCCAGUUAACAAAGAAAGUGCUUGGAAGCAACAUUUUAAUGGUUACUUAAGUCCUGGUUCUGAAAAUCUGCUAGGGUUCCCCAACAAAGGAGAUGGCCAUCAAAAAUCUUUAGGGAAACCAGCAAGCCUUUCGGUUCGUCUUAAUGGUCAGCACAGCCCAGGCCCCCCUGAAGUUGAAAGGUGCACAUACCCGUUUUUCCCAGGAAUAAAGCUUACUCCAAUUAGCAUGUAUUCUUUAAAAUCCAGUCACUUCAGUUCUGCAGCAAUGCACCUGGAUUAUUUUUGCAAUAAAAAUAACUGGGCACCGCCAGAAUACUAUUUAUAUUCAACCACAAGUCAGGAUGGGAAAAUACUUUUGGUGUACAAGGUGCUCAUUCCUAGUAUUGCAGAUGGUUCCCAGAGUUAUUUCAUGCCAGACAAACUCUGUACAACAGUAGAAGGUGCAAAGGAGUUGGCAGCACAGUUCACACUUCUGCAUCUAGCCCCCGAGCAAGCAUAUAUAACUUUGCUGUCCCUGAAUGCAGCAUAGUGGGAUAGUAGAGCCAACUGUAUACCCUAUUUGGCUUGAAUUUCCCUGAAGAAGUUUGGAAUUUGUUGCUUUGGAUCUUGCCACAAAAGGGAAAAAAGAACACCACAUGGAUACAUAAUUACUGGAAAUUCACAUUACAUGUUUAUUGAUGAAUAAUUAUUCAAAGCACAUGUGUGUAUUAAACAUGUCACUUUAAAGAUUAGUGAAAUUAAAUGUUAAAUGGUUGAGGUUAGCGUGAUUAAAUUUGUUUUGAAAAGAUAUUUUGUUUAAAAGUUUUAUUACCUGUAAUAGUUUAUACAACAGUAGCUUAUUUUUAGUGUUGAAAUAAUUUGCUACAAUUCCUACUCUCGUAUUUUGAGCUUCGUGCAGAAUUUUUAUAGCUUCUGUUGUAAGUAAUAAAUCUUAAGCAAGCAUUAAAGAAAUAAACAAACCAACAAAAACCCGAAAACACCCCCCCCUAGAAACCCUGCCUUUUCAUACAUAAACAUCCAUAAUGUGGAAUUUAAAUACCACGCUCAGAUUUGUUUAUGUAACCUGAUGCAGAAUUUUAUAGGAAGAAGAUGCCCAAUGAAAUCUUUGCUUCUGGGAUAGCAUUACAUCGGUGGAGGAGUGGUAUUUGGAAGGGCUCUAUGUCAGAGUACCAUCAGGCUACACGAGAUGCGUGGCUGCAGUCAUAACAUUGAGGUUAAGUACUUCAGACACUUCUUUGAGAAGAAAAAAGGGGAAAAAAUUGUUUUGACACAUACAAACUGCAUGUACUUUUAUGUACAGCUCGCUCAGUUGUGUUUCUUGUUGCUAGCACCUCUCUGUUGGGACAUGCGUGCUUCCAAGUUCAGAGGCCUUGCUCUAAUCCAGACUGUCCCUGUAAGCAGCACGUCUUGCCUGGGGUAGCUAUCCAGCAGCUUGCUCACUUUCUACUCAGGCCAUCUUCUUCUUAAAAAACAUUGUUUAGCAUUAAACUGAAAAUAGUUUUAAAUUUUUUAAAUUGGGUGUAUGUAAUUCGUUUUGAAUGAGACAUCUUUGUUUUUAUUGUGAGUAUUUAGCAUUAUUCCGUAAAGUGCUUUAUUUAUUGAAUGACAAAAAAUAAAGGCCUUUUUUUCAUUUUAAAAAUCUGAAAAUAAUACAGUAGAUCAUCUUCCUUUUCAAUUUGGUAUAUAGUUUCCGUUCCUGGUCAAGGAAUAGGACACGUGGCAUAUAUUAAGAAUAUAAGGGCCUCACCUAUGCAAGUAGUGCUUGUAAGCUGUUUUGUCUGAAAAAUGCUUGUGAAAAAGGAAUAUUAUGUAGACAGAAAACAAUAUAAUGGAAAGAUAGAAAGUUGAAUAAUUUUUCUUAAAAGCGGUCAGCUCUUGUGAUCCAUCAUAUAUUUUUAGUUCAAUGUGUUUCAUCACCAUAUUAAAUUGUCUUUUUUGCUGUUAAUUCAGAUGUAGUUACAGCAGUUUAAUUUUAUUUGCAUUUGAUAUUAGCUACCUAGUAGU